CUUUAUCAGUGCAAGCCAGCUGUGACUUUAUACACGCUCAUGCCUCUGAGUGACUUAGUAGCACAGUCUCACCAACCACUCCUGCCACGAACACACGCAAAGAGUUGACAGUAAGGAUGAGGGGGUUCCUGCCAUGUGUGACCCCACUACUGGGUCUUCUCAUCUUGUUGACCCCAGGGAGGGUUCAAGGGUCAUCAAGCUGUCCCCUGUACUGCUCCUGUCAUGGUGCUCAGGUAGACUGCAGCAGCCGUGCCCUCACCACCUCUUCCUUACCCUCCCGCUUCCCUCCUGCCACCACCGAGCUCCGUCUCCAUGACAACCAGCUGACUACGCUCCCAAACAGCCUUCUGGACUUCCUCUCCUCCCUCCGCUCCGUGUCGCUCCAUGGAAACCCCUGGGCCUGUGACUGUGGUGUGCUCUACCUGCGUGCCUGGCUGCUCCGACAACCUGCCAGCUACACCAGCCACAGCAACAUCACCUGCAGUUCCCCUCCCCACCUGCGAGGGACGCUGGUGGUCUACCUGGCUGAGGAGGAGGUGCUGGAGUCCUGUCACUACUGGUACUGUGACUUGGCACUGGCCUCCCAGGUGUGUUUGUUUGUGUUUGUGGCGGUGCAGGCGGGGCUGCUGGCUGCUGUGGUCGUGUUCCUGAGGAGGUUUGAGAGCCUGUCCCGCGAGGCCCGGUGGACCACAGAGGAGAGCUUUGCUGGGGGGGAGGGGCUUACGAGUAAUGAGUAUAGUGAGUAUGAGCCCAUGAAGGAAAGCAUCAUCUGACGAGGGGAUGGGAGGGAAGGGCCAGGUAGGCAAGGAGAGAAAAGAGGGAGAGGAGACACUUGAAGGGGACAAGCUGGUGAGCAAUAAAAUGACGGAGCCCUUUCAGGUCUGUGGUAAGAAAAGAAUGAGGAUGAGGAGAAAAGGGCUUGUUAGAUUCACUGGAAACAGGAGAUUCCAGAGAAACUCGCAGGACAAGAAAUUAGGCUAAAUCGAAGUGGUUCUGCAUCUAUUUUCAGAGACUUCUUGCAAUGUGUUUGUUGGUUACAUCAGUCAAUAACACUGUUAGAAUAAUAUAUCAUGCUAUGAAUCAAUAGUACAUAGAAUAUAACAUUUAAUUUACAUUUAAUAAUGCUGUUUUGUGUCAUUGUUUUAAAGCUGCUAUUUAUCAUUUAUUUAGAUAGCAAUAAUAAAACAACCAAUUGUAAAUGGGUGCAUUUUUAAAGGUUUCGGAUGUAUAUAUACUUAAACAAAAAUAUAAACGCGACAUGCAACAAUUUCAAAGAUUUUACUGAGUUA